AUGCUGUACUACGACCCCGAGGGGGGCGACGCCGGCCUCACCGUCGGCAGCCCGGGCACGCCCUCCUACACCGCGCCCGAGGUGUGGGGGCAGGGCAAGUACGAGCCGCGCGGUGCGGACGUGUGGGCGCUCGGCGUCACGCUGCACGCGAUGGCGUUCGGCACGCUGCCUUUCUUCUCGGUCGACCAGCAGCAGCUCAUCGAGAUGGUGACGUCGCCCGCCGAAUGGGAAUUGCUCGACCUGCUGCACGGCGUGCUCCGCUACCCGUCCGAGGAGUGA